AGAAAUGUAUGUUCUGUAAAAGAAUAAACAUCUUUAAAGCAAUCUUUAAGUGCAAAGACUGUACCAAAAUAUGUCACCGCAAGUGUCAUAUGAAGUUUGUCGAAAUGGAGCUAAAACGUAAAGAAGAAUUGGAAAUGUGUGUGGACGUGACACCGUCAGAUACUCCAGAUAAAACCGUUUUUGGAGUUCCACUAAUUGCAAAUGUGCAAAAAUACGGUUCAUCACUACCACCAUUCAUCCAAACUGCUUUUCGGUGGCUCGAGGACAACGCUCUCGACCACAGAGGGUUGUUCCGGAAGUCCGGCAAUAAAUCACAGAUCCACCAGUUAAGGCAACUGGCUGGAGCCAAUCCGGAUGACUUGAUAUUUGAAAACCAUGAAGCCUACGAUGUGGCCGACAUGGUGAAGCAAUACUUUCGUGAAUUACCAGAGCCCUUGUUUACCAACAAACUCUCUGAGUGUUUCAUCGACAUUUUUCAACACGUUCCGGUGAACUUGCAAAAGGAAGCCGUCUACAACGCGGUGCUGCUGUUGCCCGACGAACACCGCGAAGCCCUGUUCGCUCUGCUCGACUUUCUGUGUCAGGUGUCGUCCAGAAGCGACGUAAACAAGAUGACCGCCAGCAACCUGGCCAUCUGCAUGACCCCGUCGCUGUUCAACCUCAGCGACGGCGGCGCCUGGUCGUCGUUUUCGCACCCGCAUCAUGGUGCAGGAUCCGCCGGUGGGCCGGUUACAUCGUCGUACAACCGUUUGUCGUCGGUAUCGUCGUGCCGGAACCACCGUAAAUCGUCGUCACGAAUCACUUCCGCCGCCGCCGUAGGCAUACCCGACGAUUUGAAGCGAGUUGGACAGAACUGCAAAGCGGCGCACGACUGCUUGCUAUUUCUCAUCGAGCACUACCGUCAUCUGUUCGCCAUGGCAGAGGACAUUAUGAGCCAGUGUCACUUUAGCAAUAUGGACGAAAGCAUACCAAUGAGUCAAAAAGAACUCGUGGAAAUGGGUCAGGUCUGGAGAGGAUACUGGAACGCGUGUACCUUGGCGUUGCUUAAAGAAGUCAAAGACAAUAAGAAAAUGGCAGAUUCUGCAAAAAACAAUGAUACAGCUCUGGAAUGGUUGAAAUUGAAGACGGACAAAGGCCGUAAACCAGACUAUCAAAUUAAAGCUGAAAUGGAAGAUGUUGGCAAUAAAUUUUUGAGGAAAUUUAAAGAAAAUCCAUUAGUGCCCAUUGGUGCGUUGGUCACUGUUGGUUUCUUGGGUGUUGGUCUAAAGAGUAUGUACGAUGGUAACAGAGUAAGAUCUCAGAUGAUGAUGCGAGGACGUAUUGCAGCUCAAGGAUUUACUGUAGUAGCUUUAUUGGGUGGUCUGUUUUAUCAAGGAAUGGCAGCUUUGAAAGAAGCAGAAGAUGAUACUAGUGAAACCGGUUUAAAAUAAUGGUUUUAUGCCAUAUCUCAUAUUGUUUUACAGUCCAAUUAUUUGUUGUUUGUAACAUAUAGAACUAAAAUUUUACACAAAUUACUUGUUUGCACGCUGUUUAAAAAUUGGCGUUUGCAUUUAUCUACAUUUGUAUAUAUAAUAUUAUUAAAUUAGAAAAUAAAACGUUUUGAUUUGAAAACCAA